ACAAAGCUAUAAUAGGUGUUUUUCUGUGAUUAAAAAUAUAAAUAAAAUAUAAAUAAAUAAAUAAUUAAUUUUAUUGGGUAAAUAAAUAAUGAUCUCAUCGUUACUAAAUGUAAACAACGAAGUGGUAAAAGUCAGUGGAAGUGGCCUAGAAAAAUCCAUUUCUUCAAGUGAAAUUCAGUAAUUAAAUAAAAAAUUCAUUUAUUCAUUAAUUAAUUAAAGUGAUGAUGAUUAAUGUGUUUAAUGUUAAUGUGUGUGGUUGUACCUGAUUAUUCUAUUUUUUAUUUCUCUCUCGAGCUCAAUGAAAAAGAUAAAGUGUCGAUCGCGUGACUAAUAAGUGGUUUUCAAGUGUGUCCAAGUGACUGAGUGGUUUAAUAUUAUAUUGCUGACGGACAGACUAUUGUGGUGAUGGUGCAUAAAUUCAAAGAUCCUAUCGGUGAAAGUGUUUCCAGAGCUUGCUGGUUGAUAAAUAAUUAAAAAGUGUAAAGUUUAAAAAUGAGUGACUAACCUAGUUAAGAGACAGAACUAAUAGAUCAGAAUGAAAGUAUUAAGACUCAUAUUGAAAUUACGUGAAAUGGUGAUGGUGCGGAAGCUAAGGUAUGAAAGAAUCCAAUCUCAAGAUCCAAUUUGAUCUGAGACUGAAGGAAGAAUGCGUUGCCUGAACGAGUAUUUGACAACAGACAACAUCACAAUUCAAUGAAUCAAUAAGUAAGCGAGUGAGGCGAGAUACAACAAGAGAAUGGAAUCAAGAUUAAGUGGACCAGGGGGCUCAGCGGACGCCGGGCGUUCAACCAUGCCCAGUUACACGAGUGGAUUGACGGGUGAUAACAAUGUAGAUUUUAUUAUUAGUGACUAUAUGGAAAGACUAGCAGAACGUUUAAAUAUUCUUGAGACGGAAUUGAAAUACGCAUGGAGAGCUCUGGAUCUCUUGAGUCAAGAGUACAUCAAGAUGUGGGAGCGGUUAGAAAAAUUAGAAGGAUUACUUUAUGAACAACAGAAUGUGAUAAGUCAAUUAGUUGAAUUUUAUGCUGGAGGUGGACACGAAGGUGGAAAUGCUAUGGGACAUCCAACGUUGAUGAUGACACAAAGAAGUUCUGUUGGAGAGUUAGAUGCUAUUGCGAAGAGCUUAGGACCUUCUAUGGGCAUUGAAGAAACUAGUGUACUGAGAGAGAAAUUAGCUCAACAAGAACUAGUUCGGAUGCAUGGACUUCCACAUGACAGUGGCCCUGCGGUUAUUCCUGACAUUCAUCGAAGCGUGAGAAACUUGGAGGCUUUAGAAACUCUAGAGGAAGAAGAAAAUAUGCCUGAUGAAGCGUUUUACAGAAGUUUAAAUAAUGCAUACCGCGAAGAUUUAAUUUGUGGUGAAACAUCUCGACCUGCAUCACAACUAGGAAUGAUUUGGGAGGAAGCAGAAGAUGUUGAUGAUUCGAAUGGCAAGAAAGAUGAUAUAUUGAAUGCGGAAAAGAAUAAAGAAAAAAGAGAAGAUGAAAAAAAAGAAGAGAAAAACAAAGAAGAUUUAGAGACAAAACCUGAAGAUGAUGAGGAUGUGGAUGAUGGUGAAAUUUUUAGUGCAGCAGAUUACAAAAGCUAUCGUGGAAAUACACCAUGUGUAAGUGAACAAGACUUGGCUGAACUUUCGAAGCUCAGUUCAAUAGAUCAAGUCGCAUUGGAGAAACUUCACGAAUUAGACAAGUUGACGAAUAAACUUCAGAAAGAUUCACAGGAUCUUAUUGAGUUGAAUACACGACUUAUGGAAUCACCAAAGAGACAGUUUAGUUCAGAAGCGGAAGCAAAAUUAGCUGAGGAAGCAAGCAGUAUAGAUGAACAAUUAAGAAAAAUUUAUGCUGAGACUGAUGUUGAUAAUUGGACAUAUUCCAAGAGUCCAGGUUCUACCGGACGUUCUAUUUCUAGAGUCAGCACUGAUUCAGGUUUAGCAACAGAUGGUGAUUUUACUGCUAGAUCUUUAUCUCCAAGACUGAGCUCCACUCCCAAGAGUCAUUUAGACUCUAUGACAACAACGUAUACUCCGCCAAGAUUAGGGUAUACUACAUCUUUAUUAGAAAAAAGCCCAGAGCCUGUUAUUCCACUUCCAAUAGAUCCAGGAGUUUUUGCUAAAGGUUAUGCAGAAAAUAAAGAAUUGACUGAUCUUAUGGCUGAAAGUUUUGUUGCUGUAACUUGUGCAUCUCCGACUAUUUUCAGCAAUACAACAGACAAAUUGCCAUCACCGACUUCAUCCGCGGGAAGUGUACAUAGUAUUCACAGUGCUCAGAGUAUACGAACUCGUCGAGAUGGCUAUUUUGGGAGUGCAGCAAAAUUAAACUUUGAAUUUCCAGAGAGUAGAACUCCACCGAGUCCCUCACCAAGUUCACCACCUCCUCCAGCACCUCGGGAUUCGAAUGACACCUUCCUCAUGCUGAGUGAAUCUCAGCGUGACAGUGAAGUAAACCAACACGUACAAAGCCCCCAGAAUUUCCUAAAAAGUACUGAAAAAUUGGCGUUAGAACAAGAAAGGCUGAGUCCUCAUACUCCACACUCGCCAAAAUCGCCACGAGUUUCACCCAAACACGUAGCUAAGCCUUCCAACAUUAUCAUACCAGCCAAGUCUGAUUCAGGUUUGUCAUCUAUGAGUGGUUGGAGUAGUUUAGAUAAAUCACCAAGUUCGCCUAAAAGUUCGCUAGCCAAAAUGCUUAAUUCCUAUUCUUUAGACCAGUCUCGGAAUUUAAUCACUAGUAGCCAAUCUCUAAGAACUACCAGUCCAAUACCACCGCUUCCACAAGCUCCAACUACAACGACUACCAUUACCACUACAACAGCUUCAUCCAUUCAAGAACCUCUUUAUGAUACUCCUGAAGGCAGAGAUAUUUUUGGUAACAUUACAACUUCUGCUACCACACACUAUUCGACUCUAGCGAAUCAUGUAUCAUCUUAUCCAAUGAAAUCUCCAGUAAACAAAGAAAACUACAAUUUCUCUCCAGCAAGUUCUGGACCGAGUCAAAGUCCAAAAAAACGUGCCCGUGCUCAAAGUCUUCAACAUACUUAUGACACAGUUCCUGCGGGAACUCUUGAUCUGAUAUAUCGUCCAGACCAACCAGCAAUUUAUUCAGUAGCUGGUGGCAAUCGUCAGAAUUUAAUCACUGGAGUUUAUACUUCAAGUCCUAGUUCCAGUGGUCGAUCGUACGUUCCUAGAACAACGAGUGCUGAUCAAUUUUACCGAGACAAUAUGGAUCAUUUUACCAAUUACCAAGAAACUUACAGUACAAUGCAAUAUCAAGAUCCGUCAAUACAAGGUUACGGACACUCGAGAAAGCCUACAAGAGCAAUGUCAUAUGGUGAUAGAGUGGCUACUCAAGAGGCUUAUAAAAUGUCCAUGUAUAGAAAUAUGUUUCCUACGGGAAAUAUUACAGAUGCAUUGUCAUAUUAUCCUACUUCUGAAAAUCUUCCAAGAACUGAAGGUAAUGAUAAUUGGUCGAAUGUCAUGGAGUCACAAAUUCCACAUGACUCAACUUCUUCCAGUAUUCGAUCGUUAACUUCUGAAGGUAGCUACGCUCCAAGUCCAUAUGCAGAUCGAAGACAUCCUCAACCUCCUCAGCCGCCAAGUUAUCAAAGUCAUCAAAGUCAAUAUCAUGUACUUACUACUCAAAGCUAUCCACAACCUUAUCAACAACAAUACCAAGCUUAUACGCAACGAAGUGGACCUCCACAAAUGCCUGAAAAUUAUCAACGACAACGACAAAGAGAUCAUCAAUAUAUGCGAGAACAAGAACGACCUCAGCCUCAAGGUCAAAGUAAUUACUAUGACCCAUCUACUGUUAUUGUAUCACAAUCUGGCUACAUAAGUAUAGCAUCAGAUUUAAAAGAUCAUGAAGAAGUUAAGGUUCAAAAGAAGAUGAGAAGAGGUGCUUCAUUGAAGAAUGCAAUGAGUUCAAUGAGUCAUUGGCUUCCAGAUCUUCAUCUGACAAAAAGACACAGAAGUCAAUCACUACCAGGGGGAGUAAGAAGAGAAGACCUUGAUGGUGUUCAACCACCACCUCAACAAGAGUCUAUUCCUGAUGUAAAAUCUCGGGGAAGACCUCAAACAACAAGAAAGAAGAAAAAACAUACUCUAGUAUCUACUGUAUCUGGAAUUUUACAAAAAGCUAAGAGAAGAAGUCAUCAUUCUCAAUCUUUGUCUGAUCCAGAACAAUCUGAAACUGAGUGGAGUAGUGGGCGGCAGAGUGGUUUGUCUGAAGACGAAGAUAGUGUGAUGUCAGACGUGAGUCAAGAGCCUCCAUUUUUUGCUAAAGUACGAACGAGUCAGAAAAGAAAAACUCAAGGUCAACAAUCACCACAAUCUCAAGCUCCCAAUUUUCAGCAGCAAAAAGAUUACAUCCAACAGCAGCAAGUUCUUCAACAACAAAUACAACAACAUCAAGAACAGCUUCAACAACAAGCUGCUGAAUGGUCAAAAGAAUCAAAAGAACGUGAACCAGUGAAACAUGAAAGUGAGCAUGAACUUUCAGAUUUAGCUGGACCAGAUGAUGCUCAUGAUGGGUCUGGAAAAAGUACUGGUUCAGGUUCUGGUGGGUCUACGACAAUAUUUCCGACAGUAGGAGAUAUCAAACGCUCGACGGGUAGUUCUGAUGAAGCACCAAAUGAAAAAGCACCUAAAUUACCUAUUCAACUAAUGGGUGGUGGUGCAAGUAUGGAGUUUGCUGUGUCACGAGCACUAGGUAAAUAUCGACAACGUCAGUCUUCCACAGUAUCAGAUGAUGCUCCAACUACUGAAGAUGAUAAAAAAUCAGAAGAUGGGCAGCUACAGGAAAUGAAAGAUGAUACUGAAGGGGAAAAAUCAGUAUCAGAGAAACUUGAAAAAAGUACAAAACCACCUGAAUUGGUAGCAAGUUUGUCUGAAGAAGCUCCAGUUUCUGAAGGAAGUCCAUCAGCAUCAAGUGGUCGAGGUUUUGCAUGGGGGGGUAAUCGGUUUCUACCAAAACAUCAGCAGAGCUUAGAAAUCCCUUGGGCUGGAUCACGAAGUGGUGAAGGUGAUGAAGACAACCGAAGUACUCACUCAUACAGAAGUACAUCACGAGUAUCUUCAAGAAGACAAAGUACUGAAGAUUCAAUUGAUUCUGAAGAUGAGUGGUAUUGUUAUGAGUUGCGAAAGUUGGAAGAACUAGAAAGACAAUCACAAAUGGAAAUUGAAAUGAGUCAAGUGUUGGUAGAAGAGCCAGAAGAAUCAGAUAUGUAUUACCCCGAUGAACAUGUAAAACAGAGGAUGUCGAUUGUACUGAAAGAACUGAAGCUAAAAGCAAUUCCGAAAGCUGAUGAGAAAGAUGUCAGAAAAGAAGAGAAAGGCCCUAAAAUAAAUGGAAGCAUUCCAAUGUUAGAAAGACGAAUUGAAGAUGAUGGUAAGCCAAUUCCUAAAAAGAAGACAGCUGAGAGUGUGGAAUCUGUAUUUGCUAGAGUAACUGACUACCACACGUGGGCUCACGAAGAAGAAGCAAGACGAGAAGAGAGAACAGCACUCUUACCAAUGGACGAAGGAUCUUCAGGUGAAACUUCUGGUCCUGAUAGUCCAGUUCAUUCAACAGAUGAACUCGAUGAAGAACUAGAUCUUCGUAAAGAUCUUGAAGAACAAUCAAGAAGAAGUUCAAGCUCAACCAUGCGUCGAGAAGGUGAAAAAUUACUCCAAGGUUCAGAUUCUCUUUCUCGCGAAGGUAGUGUCAGUGUUCCACCAAGUGAAAUAUCUGUAAGCAUUCCUGGAGCAUGGGAUUCCGAAAGUACCGUUAUUGAAGGUGAAAGAGAUGGUGCUGGAAGUGCUGAAACAGCAACACUAAGUUUACCAAAAAUAAAAAUCGACUCUUCAUCAUGUGGGUCUUCAGACACAACAUUGAAAGAUGGCCAGAUAAGCCCUGGUCCACCUGGAUCUAAAUGGAAACUCCUGAAAGCCUUGAAGGAACGCAAAGCUGAAGAAAAACUCAAAGAAGUUGAAGAAGCAACUGCUAAAGAAAACGCUAUUCCAACAACUCCAGCAGCUAAUGGAAGUGGACCAGGUGGCGAGUCUGGAGGGCGAGCUAAUGGACAUCCAGGUGACAAUCCAUUUUAUAGCAACAUCGACAGUAUGCCGGACAUUCGACCACGUCGGAAAUCGAUACCAUUGGUCUCGGAGUUGGUCUUGAAGCACGCUUUCGCGCGAAUCCUCGAGAUCGAAAAAGAAAAGCAAACAGGAGAUUGUGUGACUAUGGCAGCAACGAAAAGGAACGCGGCAGGAUUGACGUCAGCUUUACCUCGAGCAACAUUGAAUGACGAAGAAUUGAAGAUGCACGUGUACAAGAAAACACUCCAGGCGAUGAUCUAUCCUAUUUCUUCAACAACACCACACAAUUUUGUCACCUGGACUGCAACCUCACCAACAUACUGUUAUGAAUGCGAAGGCUUACUUUGGGGAAUUGCUAGGCAAGGUGUAAGAUGUAUGGAAUGUGGAGUCAAAUGUCACGAAAAGUGUAAGGACCUUCUGAAUGCAGACUGUCUUCAAAGAGCGGCAGAGAAAAGUUCUAAACAUGGAGCUGAAGACAAAGCCAACAGCAUUAUAACUGCAAUGAAGGAACGAAUGAAGCAGAGGGAACGAGAAAAGCCAGAAAUAUUCGAACUCAUUCGGUCUGUAUUCGGCGUCGAUGAGACCGCUCACAUCAAUCACAUGUCAUCGGUGAAGCAAUCGGUAUUGGAUGGGACAAGCAAGUGGUCCGCAAAAAUCGCCAUUACAGUAAUCUGUGCACAAGGAUUGAUAGCCAAGGACAAAAGUGGAACCUCUGACCCUUACGUCACCGUACAAGUGGGAAAAGUGAAGAAAAGGACAAGAACAAUGCCUCAAGAAUUAAAUCCUGUUUGGCAUGAGAAAUUUUACUUUGAAUGCCACAAUUCAUCAGAUCGUAUCAAAGUCCGAGUGUGGGAUGAAGACAAUGAUCUCAAGUCUAAAUUACGGCAAAAAUUGACUCGUGAGAGUGAUGAUUUUCUUGGUCAGACCAUCAUCGAAGUGCGCACUCUUUCAGGCGAGAUGGAUGUUUGGUAUAAUUUAGAGAAGCGAACAGAUAAAAGUGCAGUUUCUGGAGCAAUUCGGCUGCACAUCAGUGUUGAGAUAAAAGGAGAAGAAAAAGUGGCUCCUUAUCAUGUACAAUACACCUGUCUCCACGAGAAUUUAUUCCACAGUUUAUGUGAAGAAAAUGGUGGAAUGGUCAAAUUGCCACAAGCUAAAGGCGAUGAUGCUUGGAAGGUUUACUUUGACCCACCUGGAGAGGAACUUGUGGAUGAAUUUGCUAUGCGCUAUGGAAUUGAGAGUAUUUACCAAGCAAUGACGCAUUUUCACUGUUUAUCAACCAAGUACCUUUGCCCAGGAGUUCCAGCGGUAAUGUCAACUUUAUUGGCCAAUAUAAACGCAUACUAUGCUCAUACAACAGCAUCCUCCGCUGUCUCUGCUAGUGAUAGAUUUGCAGCAAGCAAUUUUGGGAAAGAGAAAUUUGUCAAGCUGCUGGAUCAACUUCACAAUUCUCUAAGGCUCGAUCUGUCAAUGUAUCGAAACAAUUUCCCAGCAUCAAGCCAAGAAAAGUUGAUGGAUUUGAAGAGUACAGUGGACCUGCUUACAAGUAUUACAUUCUUUCGAAUGAAAGUUCAAGAGUUAUCAAGUCCUCCAAGAGCCAGUACAGUAGUGAAAGACUGUGUAAAAGCUUGUCUAUAUUCAACCUAUCAAUUUCUCUUUGCAAACUGCUAUGAACUUUACAAUCGAGAGUUUCAAGUCGAUCCAAAUGAGGCUAAAAGAGAUCCAGAUGAUCAUGAGCCACGUUUAGACUCUUUAGAUUUCUGGCAUAAGCUUAUAGCACUUAUAGUAUCAGUGAUUGAAGAAGAUCGAAAUAGUUAUGCACCAGUUUUAAAUCAGUUCCCUCAAGAAUUGAACAUUGGUCAAUUGUCAGCAUCAACAAUGUGGCAACUGUUUGCAACUGACAUGAAGUAUGCACUUGAAGAGCAUGAACAGCAUCGUCUGUGUAAGUCUUCGGCCUAUAUGAACCUUCAUUUCCGAGUGAAAUGGAUUUAUGCCAACUACGUAAAGGAUGUACCUCCAUACAAAGGUUCUGUACCAGAGUAUCCAGCUUGGUUUGAACCAUUCGUGAUGCAAUGGCUCAAUGAGAAUGACGAUGUAUCACUUGAGUAUCUCCAUGGUGCCUUCACUAGAGAUAAAAAGGACGGUUUCCAAAGAAGCAGCGAACACGCUCUCUUCAGUGUAUCCGUAGUCGAUGUAUUUACACAGCUAACGCAGUGCUUCGAUGUUGUAUCUAAACUUGAGUGUCCUGACCCAGAAAUAUGGAAGAGGUACAUGAAGAGAUUUGCCAAGACAAUUGUUAAAGUUUUAGUCUCCUAUUCAGACAUUGUCAAGAAGGAAUUUCCAAGUCAUCUUAAGGAGGAAAGAAUUGCGUGUAUCUUAAUGAACAACAUUCAGCAACUUCGAGUGCAAUUAGAGAAGAUGUUUGAAUCAAUGGGUGGAGAAAAACUGGAAGAAGAUGCUGCCAACAUUCUAAAAGAACUUCAACAGCAAUUAAAUGGUGCUUUGGAUGAUCUAGCGAUGCUAUUUGCCAAGAGCUUAGAACCGAGAAUAACUGUUUCCGUCCGUGAACUUGGAGAUCUGCUAUUGGCCAUCAAAGGUGGCGGCCAAGUGACGUUAACUCAACAAGCACAAAGAAAUGCCGUUGCUGUUGAAGCUGAUGAUGUUUUAAGGCCACUUAUGGACCUUCUUGAUGGCAGUUUGUCUCUGUAUGCACAGUCCUGUGAGAAAACAGUUCUCAAACGAUUACUAAAAGAACUUUGGAAGAUUGUGAUGAGGAUUCUGGAGAAAACUGUUGUUUUACCACCUAUGACUGAUAAGAGUAUGAUGUUCAAAAACUUGACUGAUAAUGCGAAGAAUCUUGCGGCUAACGCCAAGAUUGAAGAUAUGUCAAGAAUAUUCAAAAACCACAUGGCUGGCAAACCAGAUGUCAAGAAUGCACUGAGUGGAGUAAUGGAUAUAUCAAAGGAAGUUGAGAAAAAUCUAUCUCCAAAACAAUGUGCAGUUUUAGAUGUAGCUUUGGACACGAUAAAGCAAUAUUUCCACGCAGGUGGUAAUGGAUUGAAGAAAACAUUCUUGGAAAAAUCACCGGAAUUGCAGAGCUUACGUUAUGCUUUGAGCCUGUACACACAAACAACAGAUACAUUAAUCAAAACAUUUAUUACGACCCAAGUUAACCAAGUGCCCCUGAACGACCCAUCAACAUUGAGACAACGUCAGCGAUCUAUGACCAGUGAAAGAGGCGACGAAGGUGAAGGUGUAGAAGGAAUGGAAGGCUUAGAAGAGCCUCUUCGUCAAAGCAAACCCCCUCUUAGACGAGAGAGUCGACAAGAUACCGUAGGUAUUGAUGGUGGUUCUGUAGGUGAACUAUGCACCCAAGUCGAUCUAUUUACUCAUCCUGGAACUGGAGAACAGAAAGUAACUGUAAAAGUACUGGCAGCAGCUGAACUCAAGUGGAAUGCAACUUCCGGAAUGUUCAGACCUUUCGUGGAAGUCAAUUUAAUUGGUCCCCAUUUGGCGGAAAGGAAACGAAAAUAUGCUACUAAAUCGAAAAGUAAUACUUUCGCGCCAAAAUUCAACGAAACAUUCCACUUUAUUAUUGGCAACGAACCACAACAAUUGGACUUUUAUGAACUACAUUUGUGCGUGAAAGACUACUGUUUCGCAAGGGAAGAUAGAUUAGUUGGUGUAGCAGUGCUUCAGCUAAAGGACAUCGCAGAAGAAGGCUCGUGCCCAUUCUGGUUGUCUCUUGGCAAGAGAAUUCAAAUGGACGAAACGGGUUGGACAAUUUUACGAAUUUUGUCACAAAGAAAUAAUGACGAUGUUGCGAAGGAAUUCGUUAAGCUCAAGAGCGACAUUCGUCAAGAAAAUCCAUUACCAAAUCCAACUUGAAGCAACGGGCUGUAAAAGAAAUUAAAUAUAUUAUGGAAAAAAAGGAAUAAAGGGACAAUAAUUGGUUGAUAUUAAGCUUCGAAAGAGCUUAAAAAAGAGAAGCAAUGAGAAAUAAAGAAGGUAGACUAUAUAAAGUAUGUUAAUGACACUGAAAAGAAUUCGAUUAUUGAAAGAUAGUCCUGUUGAACGAUAAAAGAAGAUCAUAAUGUCAAAAAACAAAACAGUACUGAAUCCAUAGAAUCGCACAAUGAUUAUGACUUAUGAUGAUAUAAAAGAUGGACAUAAAUUUUAAAUUGAACAUAACUUCGAAAGACUUGACGACAAUUUUAGUGACGUUGUCGAUAAAUAAAAUUCCGGAAAUAAUGAUAAAAAGUAUAAAAUACAACCCAAGAAUGAUAUAAGUAUGAAUUCUCUAGAAAAAAAACAAUCGUUAAAUAGAGAAUCUCGAUUGUAGAUAAUGGAAUGUUUGAAAUGAUUUUUGUAACAAAGAGUAUAAGAAUUAGCAUUGCGCACGACCAAAAAGACACGUCUUGACGUUAUUCUUGAUGUGUCGUUAGUUUAUAAUAAACCCAAUGUAUUGUAAAGUUUAAAAAGAAAAUAAAUCCAGAUUGUUAAAAAGUAACAAAUAAAUAAAAUUCAUGAGAAUAAAAGCAAUUAAUAAAUGGAAAAAUAAAAAGAACAUAAAUCAGUAAUGAUUUGAAAUCAUUAUGGAGAGUUUGAAGAUCUAAAAAAUGAGUAAUAUUUUUUAAGAUUAUUAUUUAUUGUCUAAAAUAUUUUAAACAAUACAUUAGUUUAUGUAAGGCAUAAAGAAAUCUCAUUUUUUAGAUAAUUAAACAUUUUGCAUUUGUAAUUAACAUUAAUAAAACAAAAACACUAAUCGAAGACUUUCUUCAACAUUGAGAUAUACGAUCAUCUUUAAAGUUUCUACAAUGUAGUUAACGCCUAGAUUAUGUCAAAAAUUUUCGCCAAUGCUUGUUUAAAUGCUGAGUUAGAUGAUAGAUGAAAAUUAAUAUGGCGAUAUUGAAUGACAUUUUUCACAAAUAAGAGCGAUGUUUCGAUACGAACGCACGAGUCCAUAAUCUCGCUCACUCUUUCUUAGUCUGAGAAAAAUUUAUUCAGAUCUCAUGAGAUUUUUGGAUCUGAUCUGAUAGAACUAGAUCUGACUAGAUUUAAAUAUACCCAUUUUGUCAAAUUGCUAUCAUUUUUGCUUUUCUUAAAACCAUAAAUCUAUUUUUUUUUUUCCUCAGAUUUCAGAAAAAAUUUUAUAUAUGAUCAUACGUGCAAUUUUUUUUCGCGAGAAUGACCGAAUUAAGUCAUAAAUACAUUGAAAGAAUGAUCGACCUUGAAAAAAUCAUGUUUCAACAUCAUCUUUCCGUCAGUGUACAUGUUAAGGCCGGGCUUUCCUAACCUCAAAUCACCUCAAAUUUUUCUCAUCAAACUGUUCAUUUUUUAUUUGUUUUUUUUUCACGUAAAAAAUA